AUGGAUCAGAACAAUCUCAAGCGCAAGGACACCACAAAGGGCCCGCCGCUGCGCAUUCUCUCGCUAGCAGAUGGCGGCGGCGUUCGCGGGUUUUCGAUGCUUAUCAUCCUCCAAGAACUUAUGCACAGAGUCUAUGUCGAGACCGAAGGGGAACCACCAGAUCGGCAUUCUGGCACCCCCAAGCCUUGUGACUAUUUCGACCUCAUUGGCGGCACUGGGACGGGAGGAUUGAUUGCGAUUAUGCUGGGCCGCCUCCGCAUGGACCUAGAAACUUGCAAGGCCGUCUACGUGAGGAUGACAAGAAAGGUCUUUGAGACAGACAAGACGUUUGCCGGAAUUCCAUACAAGAACACUUUAUUCAAAGCCUCCAAACUUGAAGAGGCGAUCAAGUUAUGUGUCCAAGAGCACACACUCUUCGAGGAUGAGGGGAACGAUGGCACAGCUUCUGGAGGACGCGAGUUCCAAGACUUGACGAGCCCCGUCAGUACCAACAGUACUGCAGUCAGGAGGUCGAUGAGCGUCAGAAGUUCCAACUCCGUCAACAGUCCUGCGACUCCGAUCCGCACCUCUAUUAUCUCUCCCUCGUUCCCAGCCUGGGGCAAUGCCAAUGCUACCCUCUACGACAGUCGUCCUAACCGAACCAAGACCGCUGUCACCGCAGUUUAUCAAGGCACAAAUCCUCGAACAGGUUCCUCGAUCCUCUUACGAAGCUACGAUAGUCGUAAAGAGCCGCCUCCUGAGUUCAACUGUAAGAUCUGGGAAGCCGGGAGGGCCACGUCCGCCGUGGGCCUGGCGUUCAAACCUGUUCAAAUCGGCCAGGACGUAUUUAUCGACGAGGGCGCAGGCAAAUUCAAUCCAGCACCACAGCUACUCGAAGAGGCCGCGGUCAACGAGUGGCCAGGGAGAGAAAUAGGAGCUUUUGUCAGCAUUGGGACAGGAAAAAGGCCCGAAGGUACCAAUAACCGGCAACACGAAUGGUGGGAAGAUUUCGUCGGCGGCAGCAUGGGCGCCUUUGCGGAAGCAAGACGCCGACUCAUAGCCAAAAUCGAAGGCUGUGAGGAAAUCCACCAGCAAAUGCUCAGGACAGAAUUACCGAAGCGAGGCGUUCCAGUCGAAAAUUACUGCCGGCUUAACGUCUCGGUCGGUCUCGGAGAAUUUGCCAUGAACGAAUGGCAGCAUUUGUCGCAGAUGACGGUCAACACCAGGAACUAUCUAAGUGAACCUGCAACUCAAAAGGCACUGAUGGAUAUGGCAACGAAGCUGGCCAAAAUCGAAUUGAUGAAGAGGAGAUAUCAGCAUCAGUCGGAAGCAUUCGCUCGGGAGUCGAGCUGGUCGUUGAGACAGAGUAAUAUCCCUCCAAUGCCGUCUCAUCCCUCAGCCGUCGAGUUACCGGUGGACGAAGAGCCAUACCCGACAACUCCUCCUCAGCAUUACCGCAUCCCAGGAAAUCCCCCCUAUCCUGAUCAGUUUGCUUCCUCGCAAGACAAAUUCGUAUUGGCUCCGGGAGAAUCACCUUCGCCGCGCUUGUCGGGUGAUUUGCCGUAUCGAGGUAGGGAUGACAAGAUAGUCGUACCUCAGCCGCCGCAUCCGACCUCAACAUACAAUCAGUCACAAGUACCACCCCCGAGACCUCCAAAGACACCAAUCAACGAUCACGUCUAUCCCAAUUAUCCUCCACAACGAAUUUCGCCUGUGAGGCCCAAUGGGGCUCCUCGUCCUCCAUAUCCCGACGACGACGAGCCUCCGCCACAAUUCAAUCGGUACAAGAAGCCAGAAUAUAUCCCCAGGUAG